AAAAUGAGUGCAGACAUAUACAAGCUUCUCUUCUUCAUCAGCGAGGAACUGGACUCGGAAACCCUGAUGGCCCUGAAGUUUCUGAGUCUGGAGUACAUCCCACUGAAGAAUCAGGAAGACAUUCAGGAUCCCAAGGAUUUCUUCCAAAAGCUCCAGAACAAGGGACUGAUAGAAGAAGAAGAUCUGUCCUUCUUAAAGGAGCUACUGUUCAGAGUAAACCGCAUAGACCUCCUGACUGGUAAACUGAGCUCCAGCAGAGACGAAAUGGAGAGGGAGCUUCAAAUCCCAAACAAGGCAAAAGUUUCACCAUAUAGGCAACUACUUUACAGAAUCUCUGAAGAAAUAACUAGUGAAGAAGUUGCCAGUGUAAGAUUCCUGCUGCAAAAGGAGCUACCAAAGAAGAAGCUUCAGGACAAUGCUACAAUAUUGAAGCUCUUUAUAGAAAUGGAAAAAGCUGGGAUAAUGAAUGAAACCAAACUGAAGGUGCUGAAGAGUAUUUUACGGGACGUUAGACCUGACCUGGCGCAAAAAAUUAAUACCUACGAAGUAGAAACACAAGCCCCAGAUGAAUUGAUCACGAGCUUGGAACCUCCUUUUCAGAGCCUGACAUUUAGCGAAGGUCAUAUUCACCAGGAAGUUCCCUGCCCUAAAACAUGUGCAUUUGCGGGCCCAGGUGAAUCGGGAUCAAAGGAAGCAGUGUCAGUGCCAAAGCUCGAGAACCCCUACACGAUGGACAAUAAUCCUCAUGGCUAUUGUGUGAUACUGAACAACUCUGAUUUUAAAAAUCCUGAUGAAACCAGGAGAGGCACAGACAAAGAUGCUGAGGCUCUGAAACGGGUCUUUGAGUGGCUUCAGUUUGAGACAAUUGAGCACCGAAACCUAGAAGCAGAGGAAAUCUGUAAUACAAUCAAAAAGUAUAGCAACAUGGACCAUAGCAACAUGGACUGUUUCAUUUGCUGCUUACUCUCACAUGGCGAAAAAGGUAAAGAACGUGGGACAGAUUGGAAUUCUGCAGCCGUCAAAGAUCUGGUCUCCUGCUUCACUGGAUCUGAGUGCCCCUCGCUCGCUGGCAAACCCAAACUCUUCUUUAUUCAAGCCUGCCAAGGUAAGAGAGGGCAGAAAAGUAUCCCAGUGAAAGAAGAUUCUUCUCGACAGCUGGAGACAGAUGCUUUACCCUUGCCUUCCAUUCCUGACUGGGCUGAUAUCCUCAUUGGUAUGGCUACAGUGGAAGACUUUGAGUGCUACAGAUACAUAGAGAAAGGCAGCGCGUUCAUUCAGUGUCUCUGCAAGGAAAUAGAGUCUUUCUGCCCACAGUACGUGGAUCUGCUGACAAUCCUGACACAAGUCAACAAAAAAAUGGGAGAAAAAGAGUUUAAUGGGAAAAAGCAGAUGCCGGAAAUAAAAUCAACCCUGCGGAGGAAACUGAUCUUCCAGGUGCCAACGCUAGACAAUUAA